GGAAAAAGAUAUUUCAGCGCGGCCACCGCAAAUCACCUUCAGAUUUUGACCUUAAAUAUGGCAGGGACACAACUCCUCCAAGCUCACCGCUGAAAGAGAGUAGAAUAAAUGAUGCUGCCACGUCACAGCCUCAGUUUCCUCUUGACCCUGAGUGCUGGGAGGUUGACCCAGUUGUACACAAGGAGUUCAUCAUGUGGAAACAAAACCCUGUUCUAGAUCAGUCGGAUCCUUUCAUGCAGCGUAUUUAUGCGGAAGAUAUAGAUCUGUGCAUGGCAUUUCCCAAUUCCACAUUAGCCCACCGAGUUCAGAGAGCCAUUGAGGAUAACGAUGUCUUUAUCGAAGAGGUGAAUCCAAGGCAGAAAAGCAGUUGCCCCAAAGUUGACCCAGAUGACACCAGGAAGUGUGUUCUGCUGGAUGUUCCACGCUUCUGCAAGUAUCGAUUCAGGCUUGGGGAAUCAGAUGAUACCUGGUAUUACAUUUCACAGUUGGCAAGGAAUAGGAUUAUUGCCAUCUGUGACUUCCUCAACUACUUGCGCUACAUUAAGCUUGGUCUAGUCAAGAGUUCAAUUCAUGACAUGUACUGGGAGAUUGUAAAGCUUCGGCGGCAGAUGGCUCUGGCUCGACUUGGAUUUUAGUUUAUUUAUCAACUGGUACAGCCACAUUACAUUACAACAGAAGACUAUAUAGGAAGAGACUCAAUGAAGAUAGAUCUUAAAGAAUUUUUGUACUGAUGAUUAUUGUUAUUGGUAUAUUACUAUUAUUAUCAUUUUAUUAUUAUUUUUAUUAUUAUUAUUAUCACUUAUUAUUUUUAUUAUCAUUACCGUCAUUACUACAACUACUA